AUUAUUUUAUUUUGUUGACGCGGACUUUUAUAUUGAAUAAUUAGUCUAUCCCGCGCGCUGCUGCUGCUUUCACAGGUUCACACAAUAAUCAAUAAUGGCGGAGCUCUCCAUAAGUGGAGCAAAUACCAAAGGCGUGGAGGAUGAGGAUAGGGAUUUCGAGCCCACUGCAGACAUGCUGGUCCAUGACUUUGACGAUGAGCAGACGAUGGAGGAAGAGGAGAUGCUGCAAGGAGAGACCAACUUCAGCGCUGAGAUAGAUGACCUCACUCGAGAAGGAGAGAUGCCCCUUCAUGAGCUCUUAAAAAUGUAUGGGUACGGUGCAGCAGACUCGGCAGAUUCGGAGGAUGAAGGACCUGAAGAACAGGAUGUUUCAGAGAACGAUCAGAGCAGAAGUGCCCAUGGGAACACAAACAAGGAGGACAGAGAGGACGAGGACCAGAGAUCGUCCAGCGAGGAGUCUCCUGACCACAGCAGGACACACGGCACCGCUCAGCUCCUCUGCUCUGAACCAUGCAGCUACUCUGAUGCUGAUGCUGACGAAUCUGAGGAUGAAGAUUAUAUUCCAUCUGAAGAGUGGAAGAAGGAAGUGAAGGUUGGGCCAAUGUACCAGGCUGAGACACCGACUGAGCUGUGCAAAUAUAAAGACAAUGAAAAAGUAUACGAGAACGAGGAUCAGCUUCUGUGGAAUCCAGAGUUGCUGCCAGAAAACGAGGUGGUUGAUUUUUUAGCUGAAGCUUCCAAGCGAGUCGGAGAGCAGACUGGAGCGGACGCUGUCCCUGAGAUGCCUCUAAUCAAAGACAACGAGGAGGCUCUCUAUGAGUUGAUAAAAUGCAAUUUUAAUAAAGAAGAAGCUUUAAAAAGACUGAAGCUUAACCCCAAGCCUGUUAAAGAUCAGCUGCCAGUGUGGACUGAGGAGGAAAGACAUGAAUUUGUGCAAGGGGAUGAAGUUUAUGGAACUGAUUUUAACUCUGUGCAAGCUGAUAAGAUAAAACUCUGGAGGAGAAAACCUGAUCUUCAUCCUGGUGUCACGGACUCCACAGAGCAGAUGUUGGCUGAGAAGGAGAGCACGGAGGGCAGCCGAGCAGCCACUGCUCCUACAGGAGCUUCCAACUGCAGCAGCCGCCAGUUAGAUAGUGAAGCCAGCAGCACAACACACAAUGGUGCAGCUUCCCGUCCUGUCGAUCCCACAUCCUCAUGUUGCUCGGAUCGUACCACAUCAGACACACAGGUUCAUUCCAGCCCUGAUCCCAACAUCAGCAGCUCAAACACAGACACAGUUAGACGACAGAGAGAGGAUGAGGAGGAUUCAGAGAGACCGGUGAAGAAGCCGAAGACUGAGGUGGAGCUUCUCACGGCUGCAGCAGUUUAACGUCUUCAGAGGCAGAAGUUGCAGACACAUUUAGCUGCAUUUCAGGGAUUUAUUUGAAGAAAUCAAUGCUCUUGGAUGCUAUUCCGACCUAAUUCAUACCCCAAAGCAACAUACUUUAAGCAGCCCAAAGUUUCAUGUAAGCUGUCUUUGUAAUGAUUGUGUAGCUCUGUGUAGGAUCAGGAUACCAGAUAACAGAGGAACACAAUUUUAAGUAAAAUUCAUUUCAUAUUUAUAAAUCAAAUCUAGACAAAUAGGAAAAUUCCUAUCGGUGAUAGUGGCCAGUGAUCUCAAACAGCUUUAACAGAGAUAUUUAAUAUCUAAUUCCUUUUAUUGUUCUUGCAUAAUACAGUAUUUUUAAGUUCUUUAAGUUACAGUCUGUAAACAAACGAAAACCCCUUUACCCAAAAUCUGACACUUCUACUACAAGCUAUUUGACGCUGUACCUUUUUCCACAUGAAGAGCUAGUUAAAGAGUGAGAGUUAAUUGGGGAACUUCCUUUUUCAUAUUAUUCCAAAAAAAGUUCUUUGUAAGAAAAUUUGUGCUUAUUUUUGUAUUUGAUAGCUAUUUAUAUUUUGUAUACGGUUCUGGUUGAGCACAUGCUUCAUGGGGAAAUGUAAGACUGAAUAUUUAUUUCUAAUGUACUCUAUGUAUCUGUGUAAAACUAUUACACUAUUGUUUCAGCCUUACACUGUCUUCUAAAGUUUAUACACCGAUUCCAUGAUGUCUGAAGGAUCUUAUUUGAUAGAUUGUUCUGUUUUUACAAUAUGUUGUUAGUGGUAUAAAAUAUUUGACCAUAGUGCUACUAAAAAUGCCCACUAAAUUGUUUUCUUUUUUUUUUUACUUUUCCACAUUUGUCACAUUUCAUGCUUGGACAUUUUUUAAAAAAUAAAGUUCUUAAUUAUUUCUCUGUAA